CCGGAUCCGGAAGUAAACAGCUUUUCAAAAUUCAACGCGGUUGACGAAGGAGGGCCAUAGUGAAAUGUGUAAAGAUGCCUACUAUUGAACAAUUGCAGAGAAUAAGAAAAAAAAGUGUCAACUUAGACUAUAAAAGACAAAGUAAGAAGAACACUUUACGGUUGACUGAAUAUAUUGCAAGUCGUAGAAAGAAUAGCUUCAUCUCUCAAAAUGUUUCAUCUGGAAUAAACAAGGAUGAUUUAGCAAGACUUGCAAAAAUUAAUGAAGAAGCAAAGUUGGAACAAGAAAGUUUUGGCGAGGAGUUAUUUAACCAACAUAAAAUCAAGAAAUCACAAAUCAAGAUCCAAACACUGGGUCACGAACAUGGCGAUGAUUCAGAUGAUGUGGAUGCUAAAGUUGAAGGUGGUCAGGAUGUGCGCACUGAAUUGGCGAAUAAACGGGAAAGAUUGAAAGAAAAGGUUAAAAGGAAAUUGUUGAGAAAUGCCACUGAUUUUCACAAGGCGAUGUAUCAACUUGUUGAGUCAAGGUUCUUUUCGACAUUUAUUUUGGGCAUUAUUAUGCUGAAUACAGGGAUCCUAGUAGCUCAGACAUGGGAGGAGGUAGCAGUUAGAUGUGGUUGGUACUUCUCUGCCUUGGACAAUGCUUUCCUGGGAGCGUACAUUAUGGAGUUUGUACUGAAAGUCUAUGCCUAUAGGAAACUUUACUUUAAAGAUGGCUGGAAUAUAUUAGAUUUCUCGAUUGUUAUCUUCAACUGUAUUGACUUCAUCCUUCCAUUGGUGCUGAUCAAUGUAACAGGCUUCAAUGCUGCUGCACUCUUCAGGCUUCUUAGGAUCUUCAAGGCAAUCAGAGCCGUGAGAGCUCUGAGGGUACUACGGACUAUCAGAUUUCUUAGCAACCUCCAGGUUAUCAUGGCAACAUGUCUCCAGUCAGUGCAGUCUAUGGGGGCAAUCAUCAUGCUGAUUUUGCUGUUCAUGUAUAUAUUUGCAGUUGUUGGGAGGGGUCUUUAUGGUCAUCUUGACCCAGAAAGGUUUGGAAACUUAGGGGUAGCAUUUUUUACAUUGUUUCAGCUGAUGACAUUGGAUGACUGGUUCUAUAUAUACUCUGACGUCACAAAUAGAGACCCAAAUGCUGUCCAUAUUAUAUUCUACCUCAUGCUUUACAUUGUUAUGGAGUAUUUCAUUUUCCUCAAUUUGUUUGUUGCUGUACUGGUUGACAACUUUCAACUUACUCUAGAAGCGGCUAAUGAAGCAAAGAAACACAAGAAAAAGGUUGUAGAUGAGGAUGAAGGUGAUGAUGAUCCAUUUGGCAUCACUGCGUCUUCAGAUUUAUCAGAUGGUUCCAGUAUCUCCAGUGAAGCAGCACCCAGACCUCCAAGAAAGGAUAUGUGUGACUUGUACCCUGAGUUAUCAAAGCGUGAGCAAGAUUUACAAGAGAACUAUUGGCAGAUACUUGUGUCUUUAGAAUACAACAUGCAGAUAUUACAACAACAACAACUCACCAUAGACAUGAUGGUAGAUAGCUGUGUUGAGACCAAUGAUGACGUGUAGGGAAGAUUUGUAACCUGACCUUCAUCCAAUAUACAAGGACUGUUCUAAAACGUGUGUAACAAUAUUUAGCAAGACUAACAGA